AUGUGGAAUAGACUUCCCGUGUGGCAGGUGCUGCUAUGGUGGCAUCAUUUAUUUCUCUUGUGGAGUACAAUAGACGGACAGACUCGCUACACCAUCUCGGAGGAACUGAAACAGGGCUCUGUGGUAGGAAAUCUAGCCAAAGAUCUGGUUUUGGGACUAUCUGAGAUUUAUCGUCGUAAAUUACGAAUAACCUCGGAAGCUGGUAAGCAGUAUUUCAGUGUGGAUCUGGGGAAAGGAGAGCUGGUCGUCUGUGAGAGGAUAGACAGAGAGGAACUGUGUGGACAAAGAGUUCCGUGUAUUUUGCCUUUGGAGAUAGUGAUUGAAAAUCCCUUGCAGCUUCACCGAGUUGAUAUUGAAAUACAGGAUAUCAAUGAUAAUUCUCCCAGCUUUCUCACCAAAGAAAAAGUAUUAAAGAUUGCAGAGUCAAUAAACCCAGGAGCAAGAUUUCCACUCGAAAGCGCACUGGAUCCUGAUGUCGCUGCGAAUACAAUACGCUCAUACAGCAUUAACAAAAACGACAAUUUCAAAUUGAAUGUCAAAAAUCACAAGGAUGGUAGCAAAACCCCAGAACUGGUCCUUGAAAGGUCUCUCGACCGGGAGAAGCAACCUGUUCAUAAGCUCAUUCUCACCGCUGUAGAUGGGGGUGAUCCAGUGCGUUCAGGAACCUCUGAGAUUAGUAUCAUGGUACUUGAUAUUAAUGAUAACGCACCGCAGUUUGAGAGACAACUUUAUGAGGCUAAUGUUAACGAAAAUGCUGCACCUGGCACUCAGAUUUUACGAGUAAAAGCGACAGACCCGGACGAGGGACUAAAUGGGAAGAUAGAGUAUGCAUUUGGAGAACAGACGCCAGACUCAGUGACUGCAUUGUUUGAUAUAGAUUCUUCGACAGGAGUGAUUGUAAUAAAAAGACAACUCAACUAUGAGCAGACGAGCUUAUAUAAAUUUGACAUCGUCGCUAAAGAUAAAGGCAACCCGGAUAUGGACGGGCAUUGUGAUGUUGAAUUUAAAAUGAUUGAUGUUAAUGACAAUAUUCCAGAGAUAAUUGUGACGUCUCUAACGACACCUGUUCCAGAAGAUUCACCUAUCGGAACCGUGAUAGCUUUGAUAGGCGCUAAAGACUCCGACUCGGGGGACAAUGGGAAGGUGCGGUUAAGCGUGUCACCAAAAUCUCCAUUCAAGUUGAACCCGUCCGUAUCCAAGCAUUACACACUGGUAACUAAUGCUCCUCUUAACCGUGAGCGUUACUCGCAGUAUAGUAUAGAAAUCAGUGCCAGUGAUUCAGGGAAACCCCCUUUAUCCAGCAAGAAAACAAUCAUUGUUGAUGUGUUAGAUGUGAAUGACAAUCCACCGCUGUUCUCUCAGCCCUCGUACACAGUGUACGUGAAAGAGAAUUACGCACCAGGGAAACUACUAUGUUCAGUCUCCGCCACUGAUUCCGACCUGGGGGAUAACGCGAAGACCUCCUACUCCAUCCUAGAGUCCAAAGUGCAGGACGUGUCUGUGUCCUCCUACGUGUACAUAAACUCUGACAACGGUAGUAUCUACAGCAUGCACUCGUUUGACUAUGAGAAACUAAAGGUGUUUCAGAUUCUGGUGCAGGCCAUGGACCACGGCUCUCCCUCUCUGAGCAGCAACGCCACAGUCCAUGUUUUUAUCCUGGACCAGAACGACAAUGCCCCCGCUGUUAUUUACCCCUCCGCUGCCCUGGGCUCGCUCUCUCACCAGAAGAUGCCCCGCUCCGCUAAAGCAGGCUACCUGGUUACUAAGGUAACGGCCGUGGACGCAGACUCGGGCCAUAACGCCUGGAUCUCAUAUAAACUGGUGGAGGCCACAGACACGUCUCUGUUCAGUGUCAAUCUUUACACGGGGGAGGUGAGGACGAAACGCGCUGUGUCCGAGCAGGACGACUCCUCUCAGAGGCUACUUAUAGAUAUACAGGACGACGGGGUGCCAGUCCAGUCCGCCACGGUCACAUUGGCCAUACUGGUAGAGGACGGGCUCCACGAACCCAUCUUGGAUCUCCGGCAGAAAACUCCAGAACCCAGUAAGAAAAGCGGGAGAAUCACCCUGUAUUUGAUCAUCUCUCUGGCCUCGGUGUCCGUGCUGUCUCUGGUGACUUUUGUCAUCUUAGCAGUCAAGUGCGUUAGAAACAGCAGGAGCAGCGGUAGUUGCUGCAUGAGACGGGACGACUUGGACGGCUACAAGAACCCCAACAGAAACCUGCAGAUUCAGCUCAACACUGACGGGCCGAUUAAGUACGUGGAGGUCCUGGGAGAGGAUAUGUUGUCUCAGAGUCAGUCCUUCAGGUCAUAUCUCUCUCCCAUGUCAGAGUUCAGUGAUUUUACCUUCGUUAAGCCCAGCAGCACCACUGACUUUAAGGAGAUGAUCAACGUCCUAGACGCGUCUUUACCUGACAGCGCCUGGACCUUUGAGAGCCAGCAGGUGAGAAGUGACGUAUAA